GGGAAGGUGGAGAGCUGCCGCGGGCCGAGACUUUAAAUCGCCUUCAUUUCCCCCAAAUCCUUCCUUUUCCUCUCCUCCCCCAGGCCGGCGGGGAGGCAGCUUCCACCGCCCUCCGCGCGCCCUCGCCCGGCCUUGCUCUGCCUCCAGGGACCUCCAGCAGCCCGCCUCCAAAAGUUUGAUCAUCUCUCUCUUUUUCUUGCUUCUUCUUCCUUUUCCGUGGAAGCAGAAAAAGAGCGAGGCAGGGGCGAGCGCUGCGCCCGGACUCCUGGGACCAUGGGCCUGGCGCGGGCGCCCACGGGGCCCCGGCCGAGCUGCCUGCCUGCUGGAGCGCCCUUGGGCGCCGGGCUGCGCUGGGGGCGCGGGGGCCGCGCGCUCUGAGCCGGCCUGGCGCGGCGGGGCGGGGGGCUGGCGGCCCCAUGGGGCGCGCCCACACUUGCCCCCCGGGCUCGGGAGCAUGAAGUAGGGGCCUGCCAUGGGAGCGGGAUCCGCGCGGGGGGCCCAAGGCACAGCAGCGGCGGCGGCACGCGGGGGGGGGUUUCUCUUGGCCUGGAUCUUAGUCUCGUCUGCCUGUCACCUGGCCUCCACCCAAGGAGCUCCUGAAGAUGUGGACGUCCUGCAGCAGCUGGGCCUCAGCUGGACAAAGGCCGGAGGUGGCCGGAGCCCCGUGCCCCCGGGAGUCAUCCCGUUCCAGUCGGGCUUCAUCUUCACGCAGAGGGCGCGGCUGCAGGCCCCCACGGCUGCCCUGGUGCCCGCCGCCCUGGGCCCGGAGCUGGCUCUGGUGCUGAGUCUCUGCUCGCACCGGGUGAACCACGCCUUCCUCUUUGCCAUCCGCGGCCGCAGGCGUGAGCUGCAGCUGGGCCUGCAGUUCCUCCCCGGCAAGACCGUGGUCCACCUGGGGCCCCGGCGCUCCGUGGCCUUCGACCUGGACGUGCACGACGGUCGCUGGCACCACCUGGCCCUCGAGCUCCGUGGCCGCACGGUCACUCUGGUGACGGCCUGCGGGCAGCGCCGGGUGCCUGUCCCGCUGCCGUUCCGCAGGGAUCCCAUGCUCGACCCUCAGGGCACCUUCCUCUUUGGGAAGAUGAGCCCACAUGCUGUCCAGUUCGAAGGUGCCCUCUGCCAGUUCAGCAUCCACCCGGUGACACGGGUCACUCACAAUUACUGCGCCCACCUGAGGAAGCAGUGUGGACAGGCUGAUGUGGACUGGCCCCAGCUGCGGCCCCUCUAUCCCCGAGACUCCAGCCGACCCUUCACCUUCCAGAGUGGCCUGGCCCUGCUAGGCCUGCAGAACUUGACCACUGCCACACCUGCCUUGGGGUCACGGCCAGCAGGCAGGGGGCCCACAGUGACAGUGGCUCCUGCCAGGCCCACCCAGCCCCAACGGACGAGCCCCACAGAUCCUCACCAGCAUGUCCCAGUGGGAGGUCCAGCCCAGACCCCACUGCCACCUGCCAAAGGGUCAGGCAGCAAAGCCCCUCCUGGAUUGUCCCCCGCCCCUUUGGCUGGCUCCACCAGAACUCUUCCUGCAGCUUCCCAACCAUUGCCAGUCCCAGCCACCCAAGUCCCUCAAAGUCUCUCCGCCAAGCCUUCCGUCCUUUCUCCUUCAGUCGCCCCUGAGAAAAGCCCUCAUCCUACCCAGAAAACGGCUCUGCCUUCAUCCACAAAGCCGGCUCCACCCAGCCAGAAGUUGGUGCCACCCACUUCCCGCCCAGCGCCUGUCAGAGUUCCCCAUCCCACCGCGAAGCAGGCCCAGAGGAUCCCGGCCACGCCCCGACCUCCAGCCCCCCGUGCCCGGCCCCCGACUCCCGCCGCCGUCUCUAAAAAGUCGGUUUCCACAGUAGCCCAGGCCGAGGCCCAGCCAGCCAGCCAGGCCGGGAGGCCAGCCUCUGCCCACCCCGCCGCCCACAGACCUCCCCGGCCCACCAGCCCUGGCCCUCCCGGAGCGGCUCGGCCACCAGCCACGACGGUGGCUCCAGUCCUGGGCACUGGAACUCCCAGACCCGCACCCCCUACUCGCACUCCUGGUUCAGUCUCCACCAGAAGCCAGAAACCCACUGGAUCGGAACCCUCCAAGAAAGCCGGAUCCAAGAGCGGGCCCCAGAAGCCCGUCCCCCUCAGACCUGGGAAGGCAGCUGGCGAUGUCCUGUUGAAGGACCCGACCACCAGGGCCAGUCCCAGCCAGUCCCUGCCCGGGGAGCAGACCGGCCCGGCCCUGGUCUCAGCCCCUUCAGGAGUCCUGUCCCCCAGUGCCCCGCCCUCGAGUGGCGGACAUGCCUUCGUCCACCUGGCAGGACCCACACCGCUCCCCCUGCUGAGGGGGCCUCCAGGGCCCAAGGGAGACUGUGGCUUGCCGGGUCCCCCUGGGCUGCCUGGGCUGCCUGGACCUCCUGGCACACGGGGGCCUCGGGGUCCUCCUGGGCCGUAUGGAAACCCAGGCCUGCCCGGCCCUCCUGGAGCCAAAGGACAGAAAGGGGACCCAGGGCUCUCACCAGGAAAGGCCCUCGAUGGGGCAAAGGGCGACAUGGGCUUGCCUGGACUCUCCGGCAAUCCAGGACCCCUCGGAAGAAAGGGAUACAAGGGCCAUCCUGGACCGGCAGGCCACCCCGGAGAGCAGGGGCCGCCAGGACCUGAGGGCAGCCCAGGGGCCAAAGGUUACCCUGGCAGGCAGGGGCUACCUGGGCCUGUAGGAGACCCUGGCCCCAAAGGCAGCCGGGGCUACAUUGGACUCCCGGGGCUCUUCGGCCUGCCCGGGUCCGACGGGGAGCGGGGUCUGCCUGGCGUUCCUGGCAAGAGGGGCAAGAUGGGUAGGCCGGGGUUCCCUGGAGACUUUGGGGAGAGAGGCCCCCCUGGACUCGAUGGAAACCCCGGAGAGCUGGGCCUGCCAGGGCCUCCAGGAGUCCCCGGCCUCAUCGGUGACAUGGGAGCACUGGGUCCGAUCGGCUACCCGGGACCCAAGGGCAUGAAGGGACUGAUGGGCAGCGUGGGGGAGCCCGGACUGAAAGGUGAUAAGGGCGAACAAGGGGUCCCAGGUGUGUCCGGAGAUCCCGGCUUCCAAGGAGACAAGGGCAGCCAGGGGUUGCCAGGGUUCCCGGGUGCACGGGGGAAGCCCGGGCCUCUGGGCAGAGCUGGAGACAAAGGCUCCCUGGGGUUUCCUGGGCCCCCUGGACCCGAGGGCUUCCCCGGAGACAUCGGCCCCCCUGGGGACAACGGCCCGGAAGGCGAGAAGGGAAAGCCUGGAGCUCGAGGCCUGCCGGGACCCCGAGGACAGCUGGGGCCCGAGGGAGAUGAGGGACCCAUGGGGCCACCAGGAACCCCUGGCUUGGAGGGUCAACCUGGCAGGAAGGGAUUUCCUGGGAGGCCCGGCCCCGAUGGUGUGAAGGGGGAACCAGGAGAUCCUGGGCGACCGGGGCCCGUGGGCGAGCAGGGUCUUCUGGGAUUCAUUGGUCUGGUCGGGGAGCCAGGAAUCGUGGGAGAAAAGGGUGACCGUGGCGAGAUGGGACCCCCAGGCGCACCCGGACCCAAGGGGUCGAUGGGUCAUCCUGGAAUGCCAGGUGGUGUUGGGAUCCCCGGAGAGCCUGGACCCCCGGGUCCUCCAGGAUCUCGAGGCCUGCCAGGCAUGAGGGGACCUAAGGGACGCCGGGGCCCCAGAGGACCAGAUGGACCAGCUGGGGAGCCGGGGACCAGGGGCCUGAAGGGCCCUGCCGGACCUCGGGGCAGACCCGGCCAGCCUGGACAGCAGGGCGCGGCUGGCGAGCGAGGUCACUUGGGCCCACGAGGCUUCCUCGGCAUCCCAGGUCCCUCAGGCCCCCCAGGCACCAAGGGCCUCCCAGGAGAACCGGGCCCUCAGGGGCCCCAGGGACCAGUGGGCCCCCUGGGAGAGAUGGGACCCAAGGGGCCACCAGGUGCAGUGGGAGAACCAGGCCUUCCUGGGGAAGCCGGGAUGAAGGGCGACCUUGGACCCCUGGGCACCCCUGGGGAGCAGGGCCUCGUUGGGCAGCGGGGGGAGCCAGGCCUCGAGGGUGACGGUGGCCCCGCAGGGCCCGACGGGCUAAAGGGGGACAGAGGUGACCCAGGGCCCGAUGGUGAGCGUGGUGAGAAAGGCCAGGAAGGGCUGAAGGGCGAGGACGGGCCCCCGGGGCCUCCUGGCGUCACCGGUGUCCGGGGUCCUGAAGGAAAACCAGGGAAGCAAGGCGACAAGGGCCGGACGGGGGCCAAGGGUGCCAAGGGCUACCAAGGACAGCUGGGCGAGAUGGGUGUCCCCGGAGACCCAGGAUCCCCUGGCACCCCAGGUCCUAAAGGCUCCCGGGGCAGCCUGGGCCCAACGGGUGCUCCAGGUCGGAUGGGGGUCCAAGGAGAGCCAGGACUGGCUGGUUAUGAUGGACACAAAGGCAUUGUAGGACCCCUUGGGCCUCCUGGACCCAAAGGUGAAAAGGGUGAGCAGGGUGAGGACGGCAAGGCCGAGGGGCCCCCUGGGCCGCCUGGAGAUCGGGGCCCUGUGGGUGACCGAGGAGACCGUGGUGAGCCUGGGGACCCAGGAUACCCUGGACAGGAGGGUGUUCAAGGCCUCCGUGGAAAGCCCGGCCAGCAGGGCCAACCCGGGCAUCCGGGACCCCGGGGGCGGCCGGGACCCAGAGGAUCAAAAGGCGAAGAGGGCCCGAAGGGAAAGCCGGGCAAGGCCGGGGCCCCAGGUCGCAGGGGGAUCCAGGGGCUGCAGGGGCUGCCGGGGCCUCGGGGCGUGGUGGGAAGACAGGGCCCGGAGGGUGUUGCUGGACCAGAUGGACUUCCUGGCAGGGACGGCCGAGCAGGACCGCAGGGUGAGCAGGGAGAUGACGGGGACCCUGGCCCUGUGGGCCCUGCUGGGAGGAGAGGAAAUCCCGGUGUGGCCGGCUUGCCUGGAGCACAGGGACCCCCGGGAUUCAAGGGUGAAAAUGGGUUACCUGGGCAGCUGGGUCCCCCUGGCAAGCGAGGAACUGAGGGCGGAACGGGGCUUCCUGGGAAGCAGGGGGAGCCAGGAUCCAAAGGCCAGCCGGGUGACACUGGAGAGAUGGGCUUCCCAGGAGUGUCCGGCCUCUUUGGACCCAAGGGCCCCCCGGGAGACAUCGGCUUCAAAGGCAUCCAGGGCCCUCGGGGCCCUCCUGGCUUGAUGGGAAAGGAGGGCAUCAUUGGGCCCCUCGGAAUCCUGGGACCGUCAGGACUCCCGGGUCCGAAGGGCGACAAAGGCAGUCGAGGGGACUGGGGACUACAGGGUCCGAGGGGUCCUCCCGGCCCAAGAGGGCGGCCUGGCCCACCGGGACCUCCAGGGCGCCCUAUCCAGUUUCAACAAGAUGACCUUGGGGCAGCUUUCCAGACGUGGAUGGACACUAAUGGAGCGCUCAGACCAGAGGGCUACAGCUAUCCAGACCGGCUGGUGCUGGACCAGGGAGGGGAGAUCUUCAAAACCUUACACUACCUCAGCAACCUCAUCCAGAGCAUUAAGACACCCCUGGGCACCAAGGAGAACCCCGCCCGGGUCUGCCGGGACCUCAUGGACUGUGAGCAGAAGAUGGCGGAUGGCACCUACUGGGUGGAUCCGAAUCUCGGCUGCUCCUCUGACACCAUUGAAGUCUCCUGCAACUUCACACACGGUGGACAGACGUGUCUGAAGCCCAUCACGGCCUCCAAGGUGGAGUUUGCCGUCAGCCGGGUCCAGAUGAACUUCCUGCACCUGCUGAGCUCCGAGGUGACCCAGCACAUCACCAUCCACUGCCUGAACAUGACCGUGUGGCAGGAGACCUCGGGGCGCACCCCAGCCAAGCAGGCCGUGCGCUUCCGGGCCUGGAACGGGCAGAUCUUUGAAGCUGGGGGCCAGUUCAGGCCGGAGGUGUCCGUGGACGGCUGUAAGGUCCACGACGGCCGCUGGCACCAGACGCUCUUCACCUUCCGGACGCAGGACCCCCAUCAGCUGCCCAUCGUCAGUGUGGACAACCUCCCUCCUGCCUCAUCAGGGAAGCAGUACCGCCUCGAAGUUGGACCCGCGUGCUUCCUCUGACCUCUGGCCUCCUGGCUCCUCUGGCCCCGUGGCAGAGGGAGGAGGCAGAGGCGAGGGGAGGGGAGGGCGCCCAGGGGCAGUGACCCAGGGGAGACAGCCCCUCUGCUCUGCUCGGGGGCCCCUGGAUCUUGUCUGCUCAGUAGCCGGGGAGGCGGGGAGCAGGGCACGGGUGUCCUUGGGAAGAGCCGAUCACCGCUCAGCCCCCAAGACCAACCAAAGAGCCAGCAGAGCAAGCCGAGCCCACGCCCGCCAGCCCCGGGCCGUCUCCAGCUCUGCGGCUGCCGGCUUCCCUCCCCGGCUUCCAGUCCAAAGAGCCCCACGUCAGGCCAACUCGAGGGAAGGGGGCAUCUUGUCAGCUGGCCCCCGCCAGGGAGCUUUUGAUGUGCAAUAUUAGAAAGGAGACAUGAAAAAGGAGAAAAGGAAAGAAAGAAGUAUAUAUAUUAUUAUUAUUAUUUAAACAAACCAAAAGAAGGUGUGUUAACUAUUUUUUCACCUGGGGAAGAGGUGAGAGGGUGAGGAGGAGCAGCCGGGGUGGGGAAGGUGAGAUCCUUGGGCUGGGGUACCCGCCGUUGCUACCUCCACUGUGAAAUCGCCGGUGCUCACAAUCGUCUCUCGUAGUGUAUGUGAUUUUUUUUUUUUUUUUUAAGGAAAAAAAGGAAAAAAAAAAAAAAAACUUAUUUAAGAUUCUGAAGGUGCUACUAUUUUUGCCACAGACUUUGAAGAAACUUUCUGAUGUGGGACGUGGUUCACAUCAUUCUCUCUCCUCCAAAUGACAAAGUUUGGGGAAUUGUUCGAUUUUCCUAGCAUCAUCUUUAUGCUUGUCCGGUCAUCUGCUAAGGAGGAAAAAAGAAGAAAACGAAAAAAGAAAAACCCGACCAGAAACCGGAAGUAGAGCGAUUUCCUUUAACUUAAGGACUUGGAAAUGUCUGUCUUGUACAAAGCGUCUGGCCGGGACCUUCCGUAGUCCUGGAGGGAGGUUGUUGCCCCAGAGAGGCCCUGGGAGCAGCCUUGACCUUGAAGAAACCGGUUCCCAGGGCAGCGUGGCCGGGCUAGCCUUGGAAUGUAAAUACCGAACCAUCUCACACAGCUGGGGAAGUCCCCGGGCUCUCCCUCCCAGGAGCCCGUCCCCGAGUCCAGUCGUCAUCCUUGCUUGUUCAGUGUUAUUAAAUCCUGCAGAAACCCACCGUCAUUAGCUCCAGGCGUCCAUGCAGGCUGGGGAGAAAGGGAUAAUUCUGGGUAUCUUGGCCACCUGCGUGCUGGUGGCACUCACUGUGACCCUAUCAGCAAAUGAGUCAGGGCCUGGAUCGGAGUGUUGAAGUUAUUUUAUCUAUGGAAUUAUUUUUAUAGAAGGGGGAACUUUCUCUGAAGGUCUUUGUGUAUUUCUAAAGUCGUGUCUCUUUGGGAAUUGGGUUUGGUUUGCAUUAUUUAAUACCUCACCCCCGCAUCCCUCGCUGCCCCAGGGAAGGGCAGCUUUGUCACUGCUGGGGCCCCAUCUCAGAGCUCCAUGUCCCCCUGCCGCCAGGCUCCACCGGCCCUGUCUCUAUCUUGGGUUUAUCUGCUGUCCUCGUUUUUUUUUUCUCUGUCCAAAUGUCAGUGCGUUAAAACCCCAGUGGGUUCCACCUCUCCUUUUUCCCUUCUGGAUUUUAAAUAAAUAUUUAAAACUGAGGCA